AUGCGACUAUUGCAGAUGGAUGAUGAACAGCUAGAAGCAGCUCGCAGUAAGGAUCAGAUGGCAAAGUUCAGAGACGAAGUCUUAUCAAGUAUAGAUCUGAAGAAUGAUAGUAUCGACCUUGGCACUACUAUAGAAAGGUCUGCUUUGGAAGAUAAAGAUCAGUUACACUUGUUAAAUGUAAUAUUCAUUUGGAUUUUAGGUAUACAAGUGACAAUCCAGGCGGAAUCUAGGACCGCCUCAACAACUGAUUCUGGCUUAGAAGUCGACUUUGAAGCACCAGUUGUGAGUUCUAGAAAAGAAUCAACAACUGUCAGUGGUAAGAAACCCAAGAAAAGGUUAAGGAAAAGAAAGAGGAAGGAAAGGGAGAUGGUGGAUCAUCUACCCCUCGAAUGCUCGUCUUCCACAGUGUUUGAGAAUUCCGAAGAUGAUAUAGUCAAAGAUGUAGAAAACCUAGAGGCAGUACUCACUAAAAGUAAGAGGAGGCAAAGUGUAGAGAAUUCUAGCACCGUUCGUAUUGUGCGCUGUGUCACUUAG